GCGAAGUGAAGCGGAGCGAGUGACGGGAGAUGUGCGAGAUUUGUACUCAGAAUCUAAAUGCAUAAUGCCGGCGGCAAGAGGUGUUAAACGGACAAGUUCCAAAUUGUCGGCCGCCACGUCGUCUACAGCUCCAAAAAACAAGAAGAAACGUGGAGCGAUCCAGUUGGAGAUCCCCGAGGCUCCCAAGCGGAGAGGCCGCGUGCUAGUGUGCGGGCAAGGAGACGUGGGCCAGCUGGGUCUCGGCGAAGGAGUUGAAGAAACAUCCAGAUUCAAAUAUGUAUCAGCCUUGGGAAACAAAAUCGUCGACGUUCGCGCGGGAGGCAUGCACACUAUUGCACUCGACAGCGACGGCAAGGUGUGGACAUUCGGCUGCAACGACGAGGGAGCCCUAGGACGAGCGACAUCAGGCGAGCAGGAUGAAGGCACGCCCAAAGCAACGUCCCUACCAGCCCGAGCUGUGGCCAUCGCCGCAGGAGACUCGCAUUCCGCUGCGUUGUUGGAAACUGGAGACGUCUAUGCCUGGGGCGCAUUUAGGGAUUCCCACGGGAGCAUGGGGCUGGUGGUGCGUGGGAGAGAAGGCAAGGCGUGCAAGGAGCCCGUGCAAGUUCAUAUCGGGGAGACGGCUGUUGGCAUCGCCUCGGGCGGGGACCACCUCGUCAUACUGUCGUCAUCAGGCUCUGUCUACACGAUGGGCUGCGGUGAACAGGGCCAACUAGGCCGCUUGGCGCAGCGCUCCGCGUCACGAGACGCGCGCCAGGGGUUCAGUGCGCUGUUAGUGCCAAUGAAAGUGACACUCAAGGGCGGCGCCCGGCGCGUGUGGGCGGGCUACCACGCCACCUUUGCGUUAGACGCCAACGACAAAGUCUUCGCGUGGGGGCUCAACAACUACGGACAGCUGGGUAUAACGGGCGAAAAGCGCAAAGUGGCGCUAUACUCGCCGACGGAAUGCGACGCGUUCAGCUGCGUGCAAGCGGGCUGGCGCGCGGUGGCGUGCGGACAACACCACUCGCUGGCGCUCGACGCGGCCGGGCUAGUGUACGCGGUCGGCAGGCAGGAGUACGGCAG